UUCUUCUUUCUCUUCAGUUUUCAUUUACAUCAUCAAACAACGAAUGUCAUCUCAAAUUACAAAAAAGCCAUCUUUAAAACUCUAAUUAAACAAAAAGACAUUAGAAACUUUAUCAAUCGAGAAAACAAUAAUGCCUCCUAGUUCCAAGUGCUCAUAAAAGACAACCUCUUCAAUUAAUGUAAACUAAACCUCUAUUAUACAAAUAGACUACCAGUUGUACAUCCUCAUCAUCCAAAUAAAACUAUCCAUUAAAAUAAUCAAAUCCAAAUCCCUCCAAUAAAUCAGACGAACAUAAAUAAAUAAUUCAAUAAUUGCUAUAAGAAAACAUAGAAUUACAAAAAUAGAAUAAAGACAAAGAUUAAUUGAUCACCUAUUUAAGUAAAAAGCACUCCCCAAAAAGAAGAUCAAUAUUAAAUACAGAAAGAGCCACUGAAAUCAAAUCUUAAAGACUUCCUUAAAUUUCCUAGUCAAAAAACUCACUUGAUAUUAAUAAGUUAUUAUGUAUCUAAUUUAUUUUAGUUUAAAUGAUGGAAUCUGUACACCAUUUUGUUUUACUUUUUGCUAAUAAGAUACUCAAAGUUAAUAAAGUGUAAGAAAUAAAAAAUUACCCAAAGAAUUUUAAAUUGUACCAAACAAAAAUAAAUAUUUUGUAUGA